UUGACCACCGAAAGAUUAAUGCGAUACGGUGUCGUUGUGGCGGUCCGGAAUUGACAGAAAAAUCGGUACGGUCCCCAUUCUUCCGGAUUGCGAAUUCCCCAAAUCCUGACCGGCUUUCGGGUAAAGCGCCGGAGGAAACGAAAAUGACCGCCGGAUUGCUAUCUGCAGCUGCUCCGAGACCGUUGUUUCAGACCACUCUUAAUAACCAUAUCCGUAGAACGGAGAUGCAUAUUCGAAUUCAAAGCAUCCCAUACCAAUUGGGUUACGGGACGCCACUCCCUUUCUUCUAUGUGAAAGUGAAGAAGACUCAUCCAGAAUCGCCGCUCUUUUCGGUGAACUGCGUCUCUUCUACACCGUCGCCUUCUACCAGAAGACACACGCCUUCAACCAGGCUCUACGUCAGUGGACUUUCUUUCCGGACGACUGAAGAGAGCUUGCGAAAUGCUUUCAAAAGCUUUGGCCAACUUAUAGAAGUCAAUUUGGUGAUGGAUAAAGUUGCCAAUAGACCAAGAGGAUUUGCUUUCCUCCGUUAUGCUACUGAAGAGGAAUCUCAAAAAGCUAUCGACGGAAUGCACGGCAAGUUUCUGGAUGGCAGGGUGAUCUUUGUGGAAGUUGCAAAAUCCAGAUGGGAGCUUCGCCAAGGCACUAAAGAAAAUUCCAGCUAAGUCUAGUAGAUAGUGAUCAUCGUUUCCCUCAGAUUCAUCUUUGAAGGAACUGUAAUUUCUUUUAGAAAAAAGUCUAUAUGGACAAGCUCUGCGUUAUUGGUAUGAAGAAGCAAUCUUGUCUGUAUGAUAUAGCCUACGUGUUAUUCUGGAGCAGCAUUGUCACUUGAAAUGAAAUGAUAUUGAUAGUAAUAAUGGGCAUUGGUCAAGUGGAUCACCUAACCAGUAUGAAUAAUUGAGACAUUGGCUACAGUCGAGGAUCGAAGUUGUGAUUCUAACUUAUAAGAAUACUUAAAUGCUGAAGCGCUGACUUCUAAAAA